CGUCGGUAAGGAACUAUAGUUUUGCCGCCCUUGGUCUGAGCAAUGGGUCGGAAACGAAUGCAUUUCCCACUCUCAGCUUUGCGUUGUGACGUUCUCAUUCCCGCUCUAACUCCCUACCCUAUUUAGGUGCCUGCACUGUUCCAGAUUCAUCCCCAAUUUUCUCUACGAAUUUCCCAAUUUUCCACAAAGGUUUUUCGCAACAUGGCCCCAUCCGUCGAAAUUGUUCACGAAGAACUAUGCCCCUUCAAGCUCAAGAGCUCUGAACUUGCCCUCGUGCGCGAUCUCUUGCGGGUGCCUUUCAAAAUCCAUCAUCCGGAUGUUGUCGGUCCAAAGAAAAGAAGAGCAGCCAGGAAUAAGCUCAACAAAUCAUCAUCAUCAUCAUCAACUCCCAAUCCUAUUGUUUCCACCAACAUUAAUCCUGAUAAUAAUGAGGUGAUCCCCAAGGUAACUACCUGCUGUGUGGAACAUGGAUCUAAGGAUGUUGUUGAGUCUGUCAAAGAGGUGAAAGAAGAUCAACAUGUGCUCAUGGUGGAGUGUGACAACGUUGUUGUUGGGGCUGCUGCUGGUGGCGGCGGCGUGGAGGAAGACGAUAAUACUAAUAACAAUAAUGGCGUGAACGGAAGCCCAACCGCUGGCGCUCAAAAGGGUGAAGACGAAGGAGGCGUUUCGUCUGUGGUGGCUGCCGCUGCAGCGGAGGCGGAGGAGGAUAAUGCGGCGUCGUCUGAUGUGAAGAAGGUGACGCUUGGUGGGUUCAAAGAUGAAUGCCCUCUUAAAGAAUAUCAUGAGAUGAAUCAGAUGAACCCCAAGGUCGCCGAAUCUUCUCUUGAGAUUCCACAUGAUGAUGCUGGUGCUGAUGCAAGCAAUACUACCUUGGUGUCGGAUGAUGAUCACGUUGCGGUCGGUGGUGAUUGUGUGGAGGACGAUGAUUAUAAUGCGGUGAAGGGAAACGAAAUCGUUCCCAGAGAAUGUGUGUCUGAGGUUGGUGCUGUUGAGGACAAGGGCACGUUUCGUUCGAAGAACGAAGAUUCGGGUUUUAGUGUUGUGAAGGAGAUGCUUUGUGCUGGGUUCAAAGACGAGUGCGCAUUCGAAGAGUACUUUGGGAAAGUGUUGGCUUUGGUAGAUGAAUUUGAUGCAACUUCUACUAAGGGGCAGCAGCAGCAGCAGUUUAAGGAUCUUUUGCUCUUGCACAAAGAUCUCAUCAAGAAGGGUGCUCUUAGUUUCUGAUCAUAUCUAAUUAAUUAAUCUGCUUUUGUUUUUUGCUGCUACUCUUUUUUUAAGGUAUUUUGAAUCUGAAUACUGUGUUUUAUUUGUGUUUUAUCUUUUGGUCAGAUCUUUUAAAAAUAAGAUCUCUUUUUUUAAAGGCUGAUUAAAAUUUUUGUCCAAUA